GCAAACAAUCGGCCGCCCCCGCGCCAGCACCUCUCUCCUCCUCCAUGGCCGCCCGCUGAGCCAUUCCUCCCCGAGCGCACCCCCCGCGCCGCCAUGGCCCCCGUUUCGCAGCUGGACCUGGACCUCGCCAAGUGCUUCAAGGGCGAGCAGCAGCUCAUUUCGUGGGACGUUGCAUACAAUGCCCUUUGCGAUCCAGAUACCGCCUCCAAAAGCGCCCCGCUGCGCAGUUUCCUGACCGCGGAAGAGCACCUCGAAAUCCUCAGCCGGCCAUGGAAGCCCUUCCCGGACCCGUCGCCCGCGGAGAAGAACAAAUUCGAGGCCAAAACGGCCCCCAUAAGCGUCACGCCCUCACAGGAUGGCCCCUACGAUAUCAACGAGAUCAAGGAAGAUAGCUUGUGGCUGUCAAAGGAAGCGAAGAUAUCAGAGCAUGCGGCAUUGCGCCUGGUGGUACAGGAAUGGCAGAGCAGACCCGCCAUGCAGCUGCUGAGUGGGCUGACGGAAGAGGAGGCGCUGAGCGUGCAGGAGGCCGCUGGAUUCUCCAACCUAGGAGCGUCAACCUUUGUCCCCAGCUCCUCCAUCCUCGCGAAUCCCUCCACCCUGGGCAUGCCAUCAGAGUCGCAGUUCGACUCCUCCGACCAGCGAAGACUUCGCAUCGCCGACAUAUACCACUCAACAUGCGCCUCCAUUCUAAGGGUCAGCCAGCUGCUGAUGAGCUGGGGAUGCGCCAAACAUCUUCGGAGCAAAACCGCCUACGGCCGAGACUACCGCGUGGCCGACGACUGGCUCGAGCAACUUGGCCAGGCCAUUGCCGUGAAGCAGAACCAGAAAGAGUCGGCGUCUUCAGGAGCGGCGGGCUUGAACAAGUGCAUUCGCGCGGUGAAGGCACGAUUAGACUCGCUCAAUGACGGCUACACCUGGUCGGUGCCUGAGUCGAUUCAAGAAGCCGCGUCGGAGAAAUGGCUGACUACUCAGACCGCUGAGCUUCUCCAUAUCUUGCACAUUGCCCUCAUCCACGCCGACCUCGUCACAAACGACUUCGUGCCAGCAGCGACAGUAGAAGAGUGGUUCUCGACUGUUUCGGAGACAGGCUUCUUCCGCGAUUUUCCCGCCAUGUCCAUCAAUCAGCAGCCGUUCAUUCCUCUGAUUCAGCUACUCACUUCGCUCGUGUCUCUGGCUAUUCUCAAGAUCAAUCUUGUGCUCGACGAUAUAGAUUCCGGAAGAUACACGGCCUGGGACUCCUCGGCAUAUCCGCUCAACGGCGGCGUUGUUGAACGUAUCACCAACUGUUUCGGUGCAGCCAAGCAACUGGGCGCGAGCCCAGCCAUACCGCCUGCCUUCGCCUGGGCCAUUGUUCUAUGGCGGCUGACUACUCACGCCCGCCUGCUGGAAGAGGACCGUGAGCGUCUGCUUGAUUCUCCAGCCGGUUCUGGGAGGCCACAAGCCGCCGCAUCGGCGCUCGAGGAUGCCAUCCUACCCCUAACAAGAUUCGACACUCCCGAGACCAAGCCGCCAUUCCAGGACCUCGCAGAGGCGUGUUCGGCCUUUGGUGUCCUCGAAAUAGUUACUCAGCUAGUCAAUAUUGGCAUGGCCGGCUUUGGAACCUCCGUCGAUCGCAUUUCACGGGAUCAAUUCCGGCUACUCUUUCUGCGGCUCCUGCGUGCGUCUUUGGGUAGCGGAAUCUUAGAGUACAGCCCAGAGUUGAUUGUGUCGGCACAUACAAUCAUGGUCGGAGACAGAACGUUUCAGAAUUGGACUGGACAAGACCCCCUGCGGCAUGCAGAUCCGAUCGUAGCCUUUUGUCUGGAAGAUGAGGCGGUCCUCCGCCCCUUACUUCUGGAGGAGGCGCGCUUACGCUAUCCCUAUGAGAUGACGCCGUUUCUCAAGUUCUUUAGCGCUCUUACUAGAGGCGAGAAAGCCCACGAUGCUGUUCCAACUGUCAUGCAUGAACUUACGCACAUGAGGACGCUCAUGCAACGCCUCCCUGAGGGCUUCGUUGAGUAUCGCCUCGAGCACGAAGAGGAGAAUGCCAACCACGUAGCGCUUGCCGUGGACCUUCCCCAAUUUGUCCGAGCGCCCACAUCAAGCUUUCCCAGCCAACGCAGGUUGCUUGCAUCAUCUGCCUCUGUUCGCGCUCAAGAGUCCAUGGUCAUUUCGGCGAACACAGAGGGCACCAUUGUCGAUGACCGCGCCCAACCUUUCGUCGCUCUAUGGCAUUAUCCUCACUCUGCUCUGGAGUACCUCGUCCACCUUCUAUCCACGUAUGUUGUCGGUAGCAGCAAGGUCGAGGUGGCUACUCAACAGCCUGCUUCACUUGAAAGCGCGACUGAGACAGUUGGAUUCUUUGCCGACUUACUUCAUUCAUCACUGCAAGCAUCUAAAAGUCGAGGCGACGAAGGCAUCUGCUCGCCCGAGUUGCUGAUCGCUUUGGACAUUAGCGUUGACCACAACCAAGACACCGUAAAUAUCAUCCUUUCCAUUUUCGAAGAACAACUUCUUCGUUUAUGCCAGGAUCCGAGCAACGAAGGCUCAUUAGAGCUUCUGGUCAACUGCACGCACUUCCUCCAAGCUUUGGUCGUUAUCGCACCAAAUCGGGUCUGGCCGUGGUUGGCUCGGAGCCGCCUCCUGGAAAGUGAUGGCAGCGGAGGCAGCCUGGCAACUAUCUUGAUCGCCACUGAGAUGGUUCUUGGUCGGUAUGACUUCCUUAUUGGUUGCAUUCGACUGUUCAAGGCGUUGGUGAACGACGCCAUUGAGCGGUCUGUAGCCCGCAAGUCAUCCAGCAAGGCCCUAACGCGAUUCAAUGCGACCACUACGUCCGAGAGCGGAACGUCGGACAAGAUCAUGACAAAUACAUUGCUCACUUUCGCACGAACCCUCGCUAGCAUAUAUGAGGGCUCAUUGAGCUGGAAGUACAACCGAAUGGAAGACCGACUCGAGAUCAAUCUUGGCAUAUGCGAAGCUUUCACGACCAUCCUUCGCUUAGCAUACAGCGUGGAUGAUGCGCCGAAGCUCUCGAUGAAGCUUACGAGGCUCAUCGCUCCGACUGCAGAGUAUAUUACUGAGCUAUACCUGACAAAAUCAGAGAACGACUUGCCGACAAACCCGAUCCUAGCCUCCCUACUGACGGGAGCCGAUCUGACUAGGAACUCCUUGCUGACAAGCUCAGCGGCUCUAUGGAAGCAACAGACGCAUACCACCUUACUGUUCUCCGACAUCCUCGUACGGGUGGCUAUCCUUCUCAACAAGCCCUGGACACACUUGGAACAGCAGCUAUUCAAAGCGACACCCCUUCUGGCACGACUCUAUGCAACGAGCGACGCGUGGAAGCCUCCCGUCGUACUCUUGUUAGAGACCUUAGUCCGCGGUGCAGUCCGUGUUGUGGAGGAUGAUGACGGUAAGAUGGCUAAAAAGAAUGAUCGGAAAGAACCUCCCUCGCUCCUCGGCCAUCUAGGCCCUAGGACCGCGAAGAACUUCUUGAGCGUGCUGUCCCAGCUGGAUGAGCCAGUGAGGAUAGCGGACGUUCAGACAAAUGUCUGGAAGUUGUUAUCUGCUGUGGUUACCUGUAAACAGCAGUGGUUCGCUCUUUACUUGUUGACUGGAAGCACGCCGCGGGAUGCAAUGAGGACGAAGAAGGCCACCUCGAGCGAAUCAAGAAGCAAAGCGCUGCUUUCACGAGCAUUGGAGGCACUCUCUAAUCUAAACUUGGACACCCCCAGCAGGCCUUGGUCCCUCUAUACGGCUAUGCUUGAAUUCGUCACUUCAGCUCAGAAUAAUUGGUCAUGGGCAAUGGGAGACCUUCGCCAGCACAAAGGCUUCAUCCAACAACUGCUUGCGUUCCUGAAAUGGAUGGCGAAGCAGCCUAACGAUCUCAGAACGGAAAAUGCGGUCCACCUACGCUCGUAUCAAAAUAGGUUUGCAUCUUUAUCUUGCGAAAUUAUCGCUAUGUACCUUCAUAGCUCCCGGCAGAUCGGGGAUGUUACUCCGCUAACGGGGAUCCGCUCGAACCUCGCGUAUCUGGAAAACAACGCACUCGAACUGCCUUCAUACAACGUUUCGCUGCACUCAAAUUUAAAGCAGAACAUCGAGCAGAAGUUUCCUGGGGUCUCCCUCGCCAAUCUGAAGCGCACAACAUUAUACCCCGCCUCUUUCGGAGAAUCUUUCUUCUACGACAUCGACCUUGCCAACAAACUUCUUGAAUUCGAUAGCAAGUGGGCCGGGCCCAGGUCUGGUCAAGGGUUCCAGGGCGAAGUCGUGCGAGCAAACAUGAAUCUCAGUCUCGUGGAGUCACAAGUGCAACUUCUCCAAAGCUGGAAAUUACUGGCGAUGGAGUUGAGCUACGUAGUGACCAAGGAGAAGGACCUCCCUAACGUCCUGAUUCGGGUCGUAAAGGAAUGUAUGAAGGCGAACGCACUUUCCACUCUUCCAGAAGCACUAUUUGGGGAGCUUAUGGUUCUACGUGCGGACCUGGCUUUCGCAUUGCUCAAGAAGUUGGUGGACGCGAGGGUCGCAGAACCAGAAGCGCGACAGUUGUUUAAGCCGAUAUGGGACGCUAUCCGUGCCUCUACCCCGGAUUUCGACAAUGUUUUCUCCAGCGACCAGGUACACUACUACCGCUCUUUACUAAGGAUACUGUAUCUCUCGCUCCAAUUUCACCUCCUCGAGGACUCCGGCAAGGCCGAUUCGGAGGUGUCCUUCCGCUCCAGCUUCCGCGGAACACUGCCAAACUACAGCUCAAAAACCUACGUAGAGCUAAUUUCGAAUCAGUUAUUGGAGAUAACCUCUGACGCGGUGGCCAAAGGGUUCCGCAGCCUGGCGACCCAGCUCCAUGCCGACCCGGAGUCCGUCUCACCCUCCGACUUCGCACUUCUCACAGCGCUUCUGCAGCGCAUCAUCGCCAUCCCCGAAAUGUCCAAAUGGCAGACUCAGAUCGCCCUCCUCUUCGCAAAUAGCAACACGGUCCGCUACGCCACAAGCCUCUUCUCGUGGUCCGACAAGCUCACCAUCUCAAACAAUGGAGUCGCUGAUCCCGUCUAUGGUGAACUCAGCCUGCUCUUCAUACUCUCUCUUUCGACCUUGCGGUCCCUCGCCGAAACCAUGGCAGUCGAAGGCGUCCUCUCCCAACUCAACACUGCGAACCUAAUGAACUAUUUCCGUCGUUCGGGAGGCAUGGGGCCUUUUGAUCAGCCAGCCCGGCUCCACUCUAUAUGGACCAGAGGUAUCCUACCACUCUGCCUAAAUCUCCUUUUCAGCGUCGGGCCCCCAAUCGCCGGUGAAAUAGCCUCUUUCCUCAACCAAUUUCCCGAGCAACUAUCACGCUCCUCCAACUCGCUCAAUUCCCGCUAUGCAACUAAGAUCACGCUAUCCAUCGCGACUGAAACGCACUCCCUCGCGCUUAUAUCUAGCAUUCUAGACAACAUGCGUUCACAAGGACCCAAGUUAGGCAUCCAAGCCAGCGAUGUUCCAAUCCUGGAGUGGGACAAGGAAAAUGUGAAGGAGGAUAUUGAGGGGUGGAUGGCGAGGAAGGGUGCGCUGAGGGAGAGGGUUGUCGUGCUGGAUGAGCGGGAUGCGGAGUUGUUUGGGAAGAAGGUGGAAGGUGGGCAGGUGGGUGGGAAUUUGCUCGAAGAGAGUGUGGUGAGGGAAUUGGAGGCUGCGGGAGCGUGUUUGGGGCUGGGGAAAGGGAGCACGUCGUAAAGGAAGCGUUGAUAUGGUUGUGGAUUUUGGCGUAGCAUUCAAAAGCGGUGGAGUUUUGGAGGCCGGUACGGGGGCUUCGUUCGACAUUUUAGAAUUAUGCGCGAGGAAUGCGAUGCUUUGCAUUUCUUUCCACUGUGAC